UAUGUGAUAUGGGAAAGGAUGGAUGGCAACAAACCGAUAUCCAGUCCUUUUUAUGGAAACAGGUACCGACAACGACUCGAUGCAAUGACCACCAAGUACAACUGCGUAGUCCAAAAAUAGUCCACAACCCAUGUCACAGUUUAGUGGAUGGUUUGCAUCGACGUGGACAGUUUCAGCUUUCCCAAGCGCAACUAACCAAGCUAGUACAAAAAAUAAGGAAAGAACGCUUUUUGGACCAUUUCAUUGUCGACCAUCAACCUCAUCGUCACGUUUCAAGCAUCGAAUUUGAUGCCCAAGAUGCCAUCUUUGCGUUAGCUUACAGCGAAAGGAACAUCGAGAUUCACGAGUUUGUUCCGUUUCUGUUGCAACGUUAUCACUAUGAUGAUUGUGGAAACAAGUCAACGAUGCGAGCAACGACAGCUGACACACUACGGUUGCGGUUAGAUACGAGACAGCGAAAGCAUUCCGUUUCCAAAUUCUCACCUGUAGCGCAUAACUUGUUGGCUUGUGGUUUUCGCAACUGUCAUGUGGCUUGGUUAUUUGAUCUAGAAAGAUGUUCCGAAACGGAACCAACUCAAGUGAUUGGUCAAAACGAAAGCCUCGCGGUUGGAUGUCAAAGCAUGUGCUUUGGGAGUCAAGCAUACCAUCAUGCUUCUUGUCUCGCUUGCGCCUGCAACGACGGUUUUGGAAGAAUAUAUGAUAUACGGAGUAGACAAGUUUCCAGUGCUUGCAUGGUGCUCCGUGGUCGAAUCUCUCAAUGGCAUCUAGCGACUGCUAUAUUGUUGGAUGACCAUUUUGUGUAUAUGGGGUAUCAAUCUGGUGAAAUGGCUCAGUUUGACCUCCGAAUGACAGAAUCUUCAUAUGCUUCUCCCUUGCGUAUAUGGAAUCAUGAAAACCUGAUAGGCAAAAAUAAUGAAACCCCUGGAAACGUGUCGAAUCAGUGUUGUUCUGCUAUCGAUGACAUCUUCAAGGAUCCAUUUUUUCCAUCUUUACUGAUUGUGAAGAACCGCGAUGGAUUGGUGAUGGGAAUAGAUACGCAACGAAACAAGACAGCUUUUAUCCAAGGUAGUCCAGCAAGCACAAGUAUGGAAAGAAGUGUACCCAUUGCAGGGAAACCGAAAAGACCACGAAUUUAUGGAAUUGAGGAGACUGUAUUUAAUGAAGACAGUUUCUUUACACAAACGCCUGUGGAGUUACAAGACGAUGAUAUGCUAUUUUCUUUGGCGUUGCGUGUCAAAAGAGCGCAUCGUCUGCAAUGUUUUUUUGGUUGUGACCGAAACGGUGCUAAUAUUAUCUUUCCGGAUCCAUUCUCCUCCAAUUUGAGGUUGGUUGACAUUCUUGAGUGUGUGAAGAAAGGUAGUCGUUGUGCGGAACGCAAAAUACUUGUUGACGUAAAUAGUCUGCCCUGCGCUGUAGCAAUUCACAAGCCUACAAACCAUGCACUGGUAGGCCUUUUAAAUGGAAAAACAUUGGUGUUCGAAUUGUAAUAUUUUCGUCUGUUUGUCAAACAAAAGGCAUCUCUCCAUUAAUAACACGAUCAAAUGAAAACACAUUCAAAAGUAAACCAUUGCAAAUUAAUUCGUUUUUGUUA